AUGAGCUUCAUCAACGCUUGGCGCGAGCUUCGACAACGUUGGGAACGCUUGAGCUCGAAGCGCCAGCGGCGGCAGAAGCGCCAGCGGGAUGAGCCCGAGGAGGUGACCAAGCCUGCACCACCGCCGGGCAUCCGCCUUGCACAGCCACAGCUGGAGGCGGCCCUGGAAGCUGCGAAAACAGCGCAAGAAGACCUUGCACAAGGAGUUUGCGGCUCGAUCGAAAAGGCGCUGGCUGUGCAUCUGUCGCUGUGCCUGGGUUCCGCGGCGGGGCCUGUUCUCUCAGCCAUGACGCAAUCCCCGGAAGGUGUCAAAGCGCGCGAGACCAAGGUCAGGAUUCCGAAGACACCGGCAGGGCUGCGCGCCAUGCUCUAUGAUUUCCAAGGUCAGCAGAUGGGUUUGAAGCAGCUUGCGCUCUUGGUCCAUCCGGACAAAA